GACUCGGGGAAGAAGCCGGUCAUGUGUUGCACCAGCGGGGGCGGGGUUUAGUUAUGUGACGUCAGAUGGUGUACGCGGAAGUGUCGGAGUGAUGGCGGCGGAGCAACGUUGGGCGAGGAGCUCCGGGGCGGCCCGGGACGUGGACCCUAUGGACCGAUUCAUCUGUCCCAUCUGCCUGGAGGUGUAUCUGGACCCGGUGCGGGUCACCUGCGGGCACACAUUUUGCUCCACCUGUCUCCAGCAGUGCAUGAAGCAGAAAAGUCCCAUCUGUGCCGUGUGUCGUUCUGCCCUUAGCCCCAGCAGGAAAGCCUCUGACCUGGAGCGACAAAUGCGAGACAUCCUUGCCACAUGUAAAGGUUGUCAUUUACAAAUGGCUCUGUCAAACAUGCGUGGCCACUCUGCCACCUGUUCCAAGUACGAGAGCUAUGUCAUGGAGGGCAUAAAGUCAGUGAAGAAGGAGCAGUCACAGGUUGCCAGCGAUGUCCCAAACCGCUUCACCUUUGUGUGUCCGUACUGUAGACAACAGAACCUGGACCAGGAGGGUUUAGUGGAACAUUGCAAUAAAUUCCACUUCUCCGACCCCACCCCAGUGGUAUGCCCUAUCUGUGCCUCCAUGCCCUGGGGAGACCCUGGCUAUAGAAGCGCCAAUUUCAUGGAGCACAUCCACCGCCGCCACAGGUUCUCAUAUGAUACGUUUGUGGAUUACAGUGCUGAUGAGGAUGCCAUGAUGCGUGAAGCUCUGGUCCGAUCUAUGACAGAAAAUUGAGAAUAAAGUGGCGACCAAGGAUUCCACAUUGACUGAGUGUGUUGCUGAUCCUCCUUCAGCCGGAUCAUUUGUGUAACCGAUCGUCUGUGGAAGAGCAGAAAGUUACUGUUUUGUGUAGACAUUGAACUUGGGUGUUUCUUCACUGCUCAGUGUGUCCAGGUGAUAUAUGUCUGUGUGUCAAUCGUUUUCACUGACGGUCAUGAAGAAUAUAAUUUUCACGAUCACUACAGCUGAUGCUUUCUCCCCCCCCAUAUAUUGUCCUGGUAUAACUGUGUACAGGUUUCUUUGUGUAUUCAUGUAUUUUGUAGGAAGGGAGAGAGAAGUGUCUCUGUAUAAAGUAUACCGCUGGAUUUUAUAGCUGAUUUCUUAUUGCUUUCAGAGUUUUUUCUUUUUAUUGGUUAUCAUUGAUCAUAAGCGUCAAUGUGUUUUUAUGCAAAUCUCACAUCAUCCUGUUUAACUCUUCAAAGAAUGUGUUUUCAAGUCUGAGUUCAUCAAAUGCAACCUCAGGGCAAGAUAUAGUCAAGGUUUUUCUUAUUUUUUUUUAUUUUUUCUCUCCAUCACAUCCACUCCUGUGGUCUAUCCUGUGUUUUUUAUUUUUUUUAUUUUUUAUACAUAUAAUGUAUGAACUGUAAAUCAUAGGGUUUUUAUUAUACUGAUUUGUUGUCCCAGCUGCACAAUGUCUGCAUUGUACCAUGCUUGAAGAUGUGCACUGGGGGACUAAAACAUAUCCCCUAUCCUCUAACUAGGGGAGAAGUGUCUGAUCGCGCCGGGUCACCCUCUGAGAUGAGCUUUAUUGGUGGCCCAUUUAGAUGGGACCCUGGCUCAGCCGAUGAUUGGCUGAAUCGGCUGUCAUUGAAGCUCAUCUUGAGGGUGGGGCCUGGCGCAUGCCGAGAAUGGGUGAGUAUUUGAGCCCUGUACAGGAGAUCGUUGGGGGGGGGCAGCUGUCAGACCUUCUGCAAUCAGACACUUAUCCCCUAUCCUGUGAAUAGGGGGAUAAGUUAUAAUUCCCCGGAGUAUGCCUUUAAACAGUCUUUGACUAAAUAGAGAGCCACAGGUGGGGGAAUGUUGCCUUAAAGAUGUCUUAUUACUAUAUGGUCACCCACUGAUAGGGAUGGGCACCUCCAGAUGCUAUCCUGGUUGGAACAACCUCUUUAAAGUGCACGUCCAUUAUUGCCUCUAAAACCAUUGAGGGUAGGGCACAGCCCACAGAGUGAUUAGCAAAACAUUUGAUAUGGUAGAUGGGUGGGAUCCCUAGCACAGAUACUGCAUUUGGCAUAGUAUCCCUCUAUCAAAUUUUUCUAAAGAAUUCUGGCCAUACACAUUAUAUUAAAAUUGGCCAAAGACCCUCUAUCCCCCCCUCCCCUAAUUUUAGCAAGGCUGGCUGACUAUUAAUUAUAUAUAAAUAUAGGGAUCGCCUUAUUCUACAGAUGAUGCCUGGUAUUUUGGAGAGAGGGGUCUAGAGGAAGAGGGAUACAGAGGAUUUUGAAGGAGGAGCACAAAGGGAUUGGGCACAAGAGUCUGGGGGGCACAGAGGAAGGAAGAGGAGAACAGAUCUGAAGGGAGACAUAUAAGCCUUGAGGAGAAGCAUAAAGAUAUAUUUUAUAAGGUUCUAAUAGACAAGAGUCAAUUAAGCCUAUAUUUCUUUUGUGUUGAUCCAGAAGAAGGUAAAAAAAACACCCUAUGAAGCUGAUGCCAAUUGCCCCAUUACAGAGGAAAUAUUCCCUCCCGAUUCCAAUACGGCAGUCAAAAUAAAUCCCUGGAUCUAGUUCUGUUCCUAUAAAACGAAUAUCCAUAACCUGUAAUGUUAUUACUGUCCAGAAACACGUCUAGGCCCCUUUUCAACUCUUUUAGUUCACCAUGACCAUUUCCUCUGGCAGAGAGUUCCUUUUUCUCACUGCUCUUACAGUAAAGAACCCCAUGUCUGUGCUGGUGUAGAAACCUUCUUUCCUCUCCUUGUUAUAGAUACAGUCCUGGGUAUAAAUAGAUCAUGGGAGAGAUCUCUGUACUGUCCCCUGAUAUAUUUAUACCGUACAUAGUUAUUACAUCGCCCCUAAGCCUUCUUUUGUGCUGAACUGAAUAACCUAAAGUUUAAAAAUCUUUUUGGCUAAUGUUGUCGUCCCCCCCCCCCCCCCCAAAUUACUUUUAUUACUUUAGAUUGGGCACAGGAGUCUGAAGAAGUGGAAGAAGAGUAUGGAGGGGGACAAAAGUAUCUGGAUAGGGGGACAAGUGAUCUGAAGGGAUUCUUUGUAGGUGGAUGGACACAGGGGUCAGGCAGCAGAUUUCUCCCCAUUUAGAAUAAAUGCACUUUCGACUAGGCUGAUCGUCCAUGUGUAUGUGGGGAUCAGAAAAGAGAGCGGUCAGCUGAGCAAAUGCUUGGCUUUAUGUAGCUCUACGUUUUGAAUAUUCUUUUGUACAGUUUUAUGUGUUUUUUGAGUUCUUCUGUAAUAGGAGGGAGGAGUUCUUGGCUCUACCUUCAGCGUCUGAGCAGUGACUGACAAAAUCCCAGUGCUCUCUUCUGCAAUACGUUAUCGGCUUGUGGAGAUUCGCAAUUCCUUCUUUAUAUCUGUAGCAUUAUAGAAUCCUUUGCAAUAACUUUUUGUAUGGAAAUCGCUCAGCAUCGGGGGAGGAGCAGCAGUGCAAGCCUUGUGUGUUAUGGCUGCAGCUGGUUGGUUGGUUUUAUAGUCUCCCUUCUGUAGUGUCUUGCUCUAUAGCAGUGGUCUUCAACCUGCUGACCUCCAGAUGUUGCAAAACUACAACUCCUAGCAUGCCUGGACAUACACCUCUUUUAUAUAUAU